AUGGCUGAGACUGCUCUUGAUGAUCUUCCAGUCGAGCUGAAAAUUCUCAUUUUGUUUCAAGUGCCAGACGGCGGCACGCUCAAAUCUCUCGUGCAUGCGUCACCCGGUUACCAUCAAGUCUACCUCGCAGUGAGAAACCCACUGCUUAGACUCUUAGUGAAACGUCAAUAUAAUGGAUUUCUCGACCUGGCAGAGGCACUCACUGCUAUACGGUCGAAAGGCGUGCGUUAUGCCUACCAGGACGAGAAAGUAAUUUGCUUGCUGGACAAUUGGCGCCGCAGAAACGAGAUCCGUCAGAUCGGUCAAUCCUCAUCCAAUCGACUAGACGAGCCUGACAGCCUCGAGGAAACGAUAAAACUGUUACAUUUUCAUAAAAUGCUGCGUUUCUUCCUCGAGGGCUUUUCAAACAACGCACCGAGGCCCCCAUUUAUCGAGCCUGUUCAAUGGGAAAGGGAAUACUUGCCUUUGUCCUUGUCGGUUUCUGAAAAGCGCCGUUUUCUCAGAGCGAUAUGCCGGUUCCAAAUCCUGAAAAACAUAUUCGGGGAACCAGUCCAGUGUUUAGAUCACCCGGAGUGUGACACGUGCGGGGACUGGGGCAAAUACUGGCAAUUAAAAGUCGAUGAUGUAUCUGUAGACUCUGAGGUUGUUCGCGUGGAGGCUUAUCAUUUAUUCUACGGUCCAAUGCCCCUAUGGGAACAUGACGAACUGGGAAGCGUGUUUGGUUAUCUCAUUACCAAGAUUGAGGGUAUCGCCAAAGAGAUAGCAAACGAUUUACGACAGCUCAGCAAGAAUACACCAUGCGAAUUCUUCUGGGACAUCUUUGCCGAGGAACAGCGACUACCUGCAGGUUGUGAUAUAGAUUCAGAAAGGGACCUUGUUCACUUCGACCAACAUUACGAGGGACUGGCGGGACUAGGGCCGGAGUUCAUAUACCACAUUCUCCAUAUGGACCGGCUAUCCCGGCGUAAUAUCGUCUGCGUCAAUACCAGAGGUUUCUGGCCGGGGCCGUUCAUUGGAUAUGGGGUCGAGCUCUCGCAGUCCAUUCAGUUCCCGUUCAUCGACCCGGCGGAUCGACUCGAUUCUCCGAAUUUUGAACAGUUCUGGUCUACUUUAUUGCCUCUUGAGCAGCCUACUGUGGGUUGGAAGAAAGCAUGGCUGCUGCCCCUCAGCCAGGGAGACAAUCUUGACGAUUCCAUGAACCACGAUCGAGAAAAGGACAAGGACUGGGAUUGGAGUUACGCCCUUUGGGAUGAGAGAAGGUUGAAGGAAUGGAAAGCUCCAUUAGUGGAGGAAGAUGGUCCGUUUAAUUCCCCUGGAAGGCGCAUAUCUUAA